AAAACAGACAGUCACACGAGCAUUUCCUGUACUAAAACAACGAAGAAGAAUGUCAACAAAACUCGAUCAAAUGCAAGCAGUCCAUUUACCAGCUGUAAGAGCUGGUGGAAGAAGAGUCAGCAUUACAAGAAAGCAUAAGGCUGUAGCACCUAAUGCAUCUGAAGAAAUGGAAGAUACAGCCCAAACUCAAGAUUACCCACGUCCGCUUAACCACGAACAUCAUGAGCAUGAUGAUUCCAAAGAGGGAUACAAGAAUAGGAGAGAGCGUCGCAAGAGUAGUACAAGUCAUCGUAACUUUUUCGAGCCACUCGUACAUGGAUAUGAGACACCUGCAAUGCAUACACCAAAUAAAUCUACAAUGCAUAUCAAACAACCUGCCGGACGUGGUUUAAAUUAAAUUAUAAUUUAUGAAUGAAAUUAUCUUGUAAACGAACACCAUUGAUGAUUAAAUUAGGA